UUUGAGCAGCCUGAAGUGCGCGGUAAAAGAAGAGACACAAACACAAACAUGUGGCCGGGGCUGCAGCAUCACACCCUCUAAUCACAGGUAGGGGAGGCCUCGCUCACCGGGGACACUAGGAGCUGAUAACAGCUGGAACACACUGUCUACAGACCCACUGUGGUGGUUUACGUAGCAGCAGAUUUAUCUAAAAGUGGUGAGGAGACGGCUGCUCGUCAGCAGAGAUCAUGGGCCUGCAUUCCUCCCAGAAGAAGCACUUCCCUCUGCGAGGGAUAGACGGCGUGGUGCAGCUGUUUGACGCUGAGCUGCGUAAGUCCGAGCCGGACCUGGCUCUGCUCUCGCUGGUGCUGGGUUUCGUGGAGCACUUCCUGGCCGUGAACCGCGUGGUCCCCGUGAACGUUCCCGGAGUCCGCUUUGAGCCCCUGGAGCCGGACUGUCCCGCCUCCUGUUUCCCCACGGUGGAGCUGGGCAUGAUCUCGGCCCUGUACGAGCGCUUCACGGCCCAGAUCCGCGGGGCCGUGGACCUGUCCCAGUACCGCAGGACGGCCUCGGGCUCCAGCAGGGAGCUGGUGAAGAAAGUGUCAGACGUCAUCUGGAACAGCCUCAGUCGCUCAUACUUCAAGGACCGGGCUCACAUCCAGUCUCUCUUCAGCCUCAUCACAGGUACGAUGGUUUACAUCCAGUCUCUCUUCAGCCUCAUCACAGGCACCAAACUGGACAGCACCGGGGUGGCGUUUGCCGUGGUAGCAGCCUGUCAGGUGUUGGCCCUGAAGGACGUUCACCUGGCCUUAUCGGAGGACCACGCCUGGGUGAUAUUCAGCAAGAACGGAGAGGAAACUGCAGAGGUGACGUGGCACGGGAAGGGUAACGAAGAUCGGCGAGGACAAACAGUCACAACGGGAGUGAACGAGAAGAGCUGGCUGUAUCUGAAGGGUUCCUAUAUGAAGUGUGACAGGAACAUGGAGGUGGCCUUCAUGGUUUGUGCCAUCAACCCCUCACUGGACCUUCACACGGACAGUUCUGAGCUGCUGCAGCUCCAACAGAAGCUACUGUGGUUGCUGUAUGAGCGAGGAGACUUGAGCAGAUAUCCCAUGGCCAUGGGGACGUUAGCAGACCUGGAGGAUCAGGAUCCAGUACCAGGGAAGGAAAACCCCUUGAAGAUUCAUCUCAAGGCUGUGAAUUCUGCCCAGAAGUUCUACAACAACGAGCACAUCUACCCCUACAUGUACCUGGCCGGCUUCCACUACCGACACAAGAACGUGCAGGAGGCGCUGCAGGCCUGGGCCGAGGCCGCGCAGGUCAUGCAGGACUACAACUAUUUCCGUGAGGACGAGGAGAUCUACAAAGAGUUCUUUGAUAUUGCAAAUGACGUUAUCCCGACGUUGCUGAAGGAAGCGACGGCUACAGAGAGUCCUGGUGAGGACGGGGAGGCCGGGGACGGGGCGGACAAGGAUUCCAUCAAGCAUUCAGUCCUCUCAGCCCUGCAGGACCCCGAGUGCUUCGCCCACCUGCUGCGUUUCUACGACGGCAUCUGUAAAUGGGAGGAGGGAAGUCCCACCCCGGUCCUGCAUGUGGGCUGGGCCACGUACCUGGUCCAGUCUCUGAGCCGCUUUGACGCGCAGGUGCGUCAGAAGAUUUCCAUCAUCACCAAAGAGCCGGAUCUCCAGGACGACGACGACCAGUCGAGCGACGACCCCCGGGAGGGCCGGAGGAGAGGACCGAGGAGGGAGUCCAAGCUGGAGGAGCAGAGCUCUCCCCCUGCUCCGGCUCCCACCUCCCCCUCCACGCAGCAGCAGCAGCAGCAGCAGCCAGGGGCCCCCCUGCCCAGGAAGGUGGAAGGAGCACCCCCGUCCCCCGGCCCAGACUCUGCCUCGUCCCCCUCCUCCCAGGACCAGGCCUCCCCCUGCCCCCCCGUGGUGGUCUUCCAGAGCGAGAAGAUGAAGGGCAUGAAGGAGCUGCUGUGUGCAGCCAAGGUGAACUCCAGCGCCAUCAAGCUGCAGCUCACGGCCCAGUCCCAGGUGCAGAUGAAGAGGCAGAAGAGCACGCCGGCCGGGGAUUACUCCAUGUCCUUCAUGAAGCGCCAGCGCAAAUCCCUGUAGCCACCGCCGCGGGAGAGCCAGGACUUACUGUGAAAAACAUUGACCUUGCUUCUGUUUCAUCAACGUUUUAAUCCAGCUUUCAUCCACAUCAACUUCUCACUGUGUUCCUAACAGUCCUGGACAAUAACAACGUUUGAUUUGCACCCAUGUUGAGUUGGGCAUCACAUAUCUACGACGGAGUAUUAGGGCCAAACUAAGACAAAAAAAUUAUUGGAAAUUACGAGAAUGAAGUCAUAAUA